CAGGGUCUAAUCAGGCAGGUUUUUUAAACUUUUGCAUUCAUUUCUGGUCCUGUAGGGCCAUUCCAUAACAGGUAUUUGAUCCGACCAACUCAAAAUAUUCAUUGUCAACCUGCACUGCUUUCCAGUGCACACAAAACAGCACUCACAGCUCCAGACAUUCAACAACAAAUACAAGAGCUUUCGAAAGAGAGCACGGGAUAAAGGAUGCUUAAAACCAGAACACUGGCCGACAUUAACAGCUAGUGCAAGCCCUGAAAUACGCUUACCCGGAAGCUUUUGUUGAGCAGUCACAUUUCCUUACUGUAUUUUUUAGAUACAAUAGCUCACUAGCAGCCGAGGGUGGGCACGAGCAGCUCAGGGAGGACUGCCGGUCUGAGAGGGAUGUUUUUCUAAGUGCUGUGUUGUUGGACAGACUCUUUCAGUGAGUAUCAGUGUGGAGGAACAGUCACUGAGAUUUAUGAUGUCAUUGUGGACUGCGGUAGAUGUGGUCACCUGGAUGUGUUUCUCAUCAGACCAACCAGCAUUUUAUUUCAAGAUUCAGAUUUCAACCCCACCAAUCAUUAGCCACUCUCAACAGAUGUCAUGGUGUCCGCAGUACCGAAGCUCCAAGUUUCGAAACGUCUAUGGGAAAGUGGCCAACAGGGAGCACUGCUUCGAAGGCAUACCCAUCACCAAGAACGUCCACGACAACCACUUCUGCGCCGUCAAUGCCAAGUUCCUCGCCAUAGUAACGGAGAGCGCUGGCGGAGGCUCCUUUCUAGUCAUCCCAGUGGAACAAACUGGACGGAUUGACCCUCAUUACCCGAAAGUGUGCGGGCAUCAGGGGAACGUCCUGGAUAUCAAGUGGAACCCCUUCAUCGACAACAUCAUCGCUUCCUGUUCAGAGGACACUUCGGUGAGGAUAUGGGAGAUCCCGGAGGGGGGGCUGAAGCGGAACAUGACGGAAGCGGUUCUCGAGCUGUACGGACACAGCCGGCGCGUGGGCCUGAUCGAGUGGCAUCCUACCGGCAACAACAUCCUGUUCAGCGCCGGGUACGAUUACAAGAUCCUCAUCUGGAACCUGGAUAUCGGUGAGCCUGUUAAGAUGAUCGACUGCCACUCUGAUGUCAUCCUCUGCAUGUCUUUCAACACAGACGGGAGCUUAGUGGCCACCAGCUGCAAGGACAAGAAGCUCCGGGUGAUAGAGCCCCGCUCUGGGAGAGUGUUGCAGGAAGCAAACUGCAAGAACCACAAAGUGAACCGCGUGGUGUUCCUGGGGAACAUGAAGAGGCUGCUGACCACGGGGGUGUCCCAGUGGAACACCAGGCAGAUCGCACUGUGGGACCAGGAGGACCUGUCCAUGCCGAUGAUUGAGGAGGAGAUUGACGGGCUGUCAGGGCUGCUGUUCCCCUUUUAUGAUGCCGACACACACAUGCUGUACCUGGCUGGAAAGGGCGACGGGAAUAUCCGCUAUUACGAGAUGGGCACGGAGAAGCCCUACCUGCAGUACCUGCUGGAGUUCAGGUCCCCCGCGCCACAGAAGGGACUGGGUGUAAUGCCGAAGCACGGGCUGGACGUGUCGGCCUGUGAGGUGUUCCGCUUCUACAAACUCUUCACUCUGAAGGGGCUCAUCGAGCCCGUCUCCAUGAUCGUGCCAAGAAGGUCAGAAACUUACCAAGAGGACAUCUAUCCGAUGACGCCAGGCAUGGAGCCAGCUCUCUCAGCCGGUGAAUGGCUGAGUGGGAUCAACAGAGAUCCUGUAUUGAUGUCGCUGAAGGAGGGCUACAAGAAGCCGUCCAACUUAGUUUUCAAAGCGCCUGUUAAAGAAAAGAGGAGCGUGGUGGUAAAUGGAAUCGACCUACUGGAAAACGUGCCACCGAGGACAGAGAAUGAGCUCCUGCGGGUGUUCUUCCGACAGCAGGACGAGCUCCGACGGCUAAAGGACGAGCUCUCGCGAAAGGACGUUAAAAUCCAGCAGCUGGAACUGGAGCUGAAAAACCUGAAGAACAGCCCCAAACCCAUGUGACCUCACUGGACACGGCACAACACGCUGAGCAUCCCGGGCAGGACAUCUCACUGAACACACGAGCCAGGCCUGCCAACCAGCUUCACGCACACCUGCCUCUCUCUGCACUGGAGCAGUGCUGUCUGAAUGAGUCACGGGUAUCUGUGUGCUUUCCAGCAAUUCCAUUAGCCUCCGAUAUCAGCUCCUCUGCAGUCCACCUCCUACAAAAGCUAUGGAAACACGAGGAAGAGCCACGAUCGUUACAUAAUAGACUAUUGUUACAGUUCUCUCUUUUCAGGUGCUGCUCCAGCUCACUAUAGGUUGAGUUGCUUUUAAACACAAACAAGCUGUGAUUUCAUUAGACCCACAGCCUGGGCUCUCAGCUGCAGUAUACCCCUGUCUGUCUAAACAUCCCAGCUGCAGUAUACCCCCUGUCUGUCUAAACAUCCCAGCUGCAGUUUACCCCCCGUCUGUCUAAACACCCCAGCUGCAGUUUACCCCCUGUCUGUCUAAACAUCCCAGCUGCAGAAUACCCCC